AUGGUCAAGGCUGUCGCUGUUCUCCGUGGUGACUCUAACGUCAAGGGCACCGUGAUCUUCGAGCAGGAGUCCGAGUCCGCUCCCACCACCAUCACCUACGACAUCUCCGGCAACGACCCCAACGCCAAGCGUGGCUUCCACAUCCACACCUUCGGUGACAACACCAACGGCUGCACCUCUGCCGGCCCUCACUUCAACCCCCGUGGCACCACCCACGGCAACCGCACCGACGAGGUCCGCCACGUCGGUGAUCUCGGCAACCUCGAGACCGAUGCUCAGGGUAACGCCAAGGGCUCCGUGACUGACAACCUCGUCAAGCUCAUCGGCCCCGAGUCCGUCAUUGGCCGCACCGUCGUCGUCCACGCCGGCACUGACGACCUUGGCAAGGGUGGCAACGAGGAGUCCCUCAAGACUGGCAACGCCGGUCCCCGCCCCGCCUGCGGCGUCAUUGGUAUCUCCCAGUAA